GCCGGCAGUCGCUGCAAGAACUGGGAUGCGGGCGAAGCCGCCUGUAACGUUUCGGCAUUGACCUAGACGUUUGGAAUUUUUGUGGGCUGCUCCCAGGUGAAUUGUGGCCCUUAAUCAAGUAAUGAACUUCUACUGCCAACUGAAGACACACGCGUACUCCUGUAGUCCCAGCAAAAUGUAUCAAAGUAAUGCAAACCGCGCUACGACGGACUGGAGACAUAAAUUUAAGCAACUAGUUGACUGCAACAAGAAGGGUUCACACAGUUAAGUUCUGUGCGUAAGAAUAGUGCUACAAGUGUUGAACAGCUUCUACAUAAUUAAUUCGGAAGAACAGUGCAACAAUUGUAUUGAAAGAAGACUUAGUUAAACUCUAAACAAAAGGACACGACAACAAUUGUGUUAAAAGAAGACUUAACUAAGCCCCAAACAAAAGAACAGUGCAACAAGUGUUAGUUUCAACAUUUUUCACAUAGCUAAGCUCUAUUAACAGAAUAAGAACAACUGUGUUAAAUAAUAGUGCAACAAGUGUUAAAAGAAUUUUCAUUCAGCGAAGUUAAUUUUGUAGAGAACACGACAUUUCGGCGAAAGUAAUUUCCGAGAGUUAAGUCCUGUGGGACAGAUUAUUGCACCAACACAGUGGAAAUAAAUAUCGAUUUCUAUACGGAAUUUCAAACACGCACUAUCAAAUUAAACAAUAAUUUCUUUUAACAAAUCAUUCUAGUCAGUAUUAAAUUGGUCAAAACAAAAUCAGAAGCAAUGUCUGUCGCAUUCUCAUUCUUACGGUACCCAACAAAAUUACAAUUUGCGUCAGUCAUCAAACGCUAGAAAGGAAACGAUAUAAUGAAAUGUUAACGCAAUGAACGGAUUAACAUUGUAGAGAAACGCAAGGGGAAACUUUUGCGGAACAAGGGGAACUGAGCGCAUCUUGUUAAAAAAAAUCAGUUUAGGAACAUGGAACAGAAUCACACAAACAUCGCGGAGGUUUCCUCAUGCACUUUGCGAAUGGGCGCAGUGACGCAGGCGGUGUUCACGGUGAUGUACGUCACCGGGGCUUUGGGAAACCUCGCGGCCCUGACCAUUUUGUACCGGAGCGAGAAGCAAACCAGGAACAAGAAGAUAGUUCUGAUGCUUCGAUGUCUAGCAUCCAACGACCUCGUGGCCCUGCUGGGAAUGCUGAUUCUCAUGAAUCUACAGGUCUACCUGCCAAUCGGGAAGGCGUGCAGCCUGGAGUUCUGCGUGGUGAGGGUUAUCUGGAGGCAAUUCGGCCUCAGCUCCGGGUGCGUGGCUGUGGUGAUGGCCGUCGAGCGGUGGCUCGCCCUCACCCAUCCCUUCCUCUACCAGAAGCACAUCACUUACAACGUGAUCAGGCGGGCCAUCUUCUGCCUGUGGUUCGCGGUCCUCGUGUUGGUGUGCUUGCCCUUCUCUGGAUUCGGGCUCUACUACGACAACGGGUGUGUCCGGUACAGGGACGCAACGGAAGCGGUGGACAUCGCCUACGCCUACCUGUUCUUCGUUUUUGGUACGCUGCUGUGCGUGUGCAUCGUGCUGUGCAACCUGGCCGUGAUCAGGGUGCUCUGUCAUCUGGGGUGCAGGGGCACCCGACGCAAAGUUCUGGGGAGGCGGAUAAGCCGGAAUUCAAGCCGAACGCGCUCAGUGUCUAGUGGCAGCAGCCUGACAACGGGCGUGCUCACCACCGGAGGAGACAUCGCUUAUUACAACGUGUCGACGCCAGAAGAACUAUCGUUCGCGCGACUCAUGGCCGUUCUCAGCGUCGCGUUCGUGGUCUGCUGGAUGCCACAAAUGAUUUCCAUUCUGCUUGCGCAGUUGGCUCCAGGAUGGGCAAUCAGUAAAAUUUUCUACAAGGUGGCAGAUGGUCUGAUAAUGUUGCACUUCAUUUUGGACCCACUAUUCUACGUACUGCUGCGGUGCCAGCGGCGACCCUGUUUCCCCAACAUUCUGAAGCUGAUAUUUCAUGCCUGCUGGUCUCAUCCGAGUGGCCACAGCAGUCACCCAACCUCCCUAGCCAUGACUGACCAUGAACACUGUUCUAGCCUUAACCCCACAGGAGAGCCCUCUGGUGAGAGAGCUACAGCAGCAGCUGUAUGAGCAGCACAAUAUUAAUGAGUAUUAACCUAACUUAAACUUCCUAUAAAUAACAGUUAUUUGAGGUUAUAUACAAGGCAAGCACUAAGUAGCUUGACAAAUUCUGAGGUUAUGUUUAAAAUUGAAUGUCAGCAUACAUAAUUAAUUUUUAUGGUUUUAAGGUAGCUACAGUCACCAAGUUUUACUAAUUACAUUUCAGUGAGUCUGCAUAACAGGGUAAGAUACGAGAAUUACUCAAAAAAACCACAUGAACCAUGACAUAUAAGUACAUCCCAGCUCUUUCUACUCAAAAAACAAUGAAAACCACGCAGAUAUUUGUGAUUUACUUAGUCAACUAAAUGACUUAAUAUAUGAUUACAGGUGCAACCUUUUAUACUGUGUUCACAUUUACAUCUGAAAUUAAUUUUGCACAAACAGUACUGUUACUGAAGCUAAAUAUUACUUCUUUGCUGUACAAUUCCACGAAUGUAAUAAAUGUGCUAACUAAUUUGAUGAUGCAGAGUCCUUCAGAAUCUGAUGGCUGCUAAAUUGGUCAAGAAAUUACCUAUCACGAAACCAAAAGGUUUAUUAUAAUGUUCACAUGAACCCCACUGAAACUUAGUGUAAUACUAAAUUACACUGAAGUAACUAAUUAUAUAUAAUGACAUGAAAUGAUUAUAUUCCUUGAAAGUUAAGUUACUUUAUGUUGCCCUGUAUGAAAUCAACUUCCACAACUUGCAUUGUUCAAUAUUUAAUGCACAAGUUGCAUUGCGCAGUAUUUUUACUAAAUAAAUACCAAUACUCAGCAGUAUCUAAUCCGACUGGUAUGCACAAACAGGUACAGUACUCAAACAUUAAUGGACCUAUUAAUAAUUUAACCUCUUUACUGCUACAGGCUAUGUUAGAAUUUCUAGACUGUUCCAUACAGACAAGACACACCACUGUGAUGAACAAGCAGAAUGUGUCGUAAGUCUAACACUUAGCAUGGCUGUAACUUGUCUUAAUGUGUAUAUAAAUUAUAUGCAACAUAAAAACCUCCAAAGCGAAUCAUAGCAAGCACCACAGAACCUACUUGAAAAACUUAAUUCAUGAUGGCAAAAGAUAGUUAAAAUCAACUGGUUCAUUUGAUACCUGAUGCCAGGAUUUGUUGGCAAAGCAUGAUGAAAAUGUACCUCAUAUUUAAAUUCCUACAAACUUUUAAGAAAAAAGGUUAUGGACUUUGCACUAAAGCAACUUGAGGACUAAUACAUAGUAAUAUGACACUGAACACAUCUCCCAUUUCUCUGACAUAAUGUCCCAUGCAAAAGGUGAAUCAAACUCAGCUGUAUGGACUGAAAUAUACACGUGAAAAUUCUCUAAUUGUUCCUUAGCCUAUUGAUAUUGCAUACCUCCUGCAAUCUAGACGUAAGUUAUGACCAGCAGCACAACAGAUCAUGCCACAUUAUACAAGAGAUUUGUAUCAAGUCUACAGCAGCCUGUAGUUCCUUCUCAAAAUGUGUUCCAAGGACCUCCAUAAACUGGAUCCAAUUUUAUCAUAUAUGAACAUUCUUGUUUAAAUUCAUUGCAAUGGAUAUUACAACAUAAUUUUUUUGUUGGUGAGGGGGAAUCAUUUAAACAAAUAUAUGUGAAGUACUUACAUUUCUAAAACAAUAUCCUAAUGCUACAAAUUUUUUUAAAUUUACAGUAUAGUAAAUGUUGAGUGCACGAUUUUCAACACAUUCAAUGAUAUUCAUGCUAGAAGACUGCAUUGAAUCAAAAUCAAGAUUGUCAAUGUUACAAGCUGGAAACUGCAUGUAUUUGUGUUACCUUCUCAGAUUUAUCUUUAUACAGAAACAAAAAUUAUAAGGCUUAGUGUCCAUUUACCAUGUUAUUCAUUUCAUACUGUCAGGAAGAACCAACUCUAUUUUAAAAAAGCACACAUUUAUAACAAAAUACUGAAACUGAAGUUUUUUUCUGACAUAAUCUAUUCAUAAAUUAAAUUUUGAAACUUCUCAGCAAUAACUCCUACCUUUUUUGACCAAUUGGCUGAAGUCUCUCACUCCAUAAAUGUCACACAAAUGUUGUUGUUGAUCCUAAAGUCUUCAAGACACUAUUACUUCAACCAACAGAAUCUUAAAACCAGGGAUCCUAGUAAUGGACACACACCUGUACCCAGAAAUACCUUCUGUGACCUCUCCCAGUAAUCCCUUCAUCCUGAAUAAUGUUCAUAUUACCUUUACACCCAAUUCUAAGCACAUAUUGGCAGGGUCAACUGCAUAUUCAUUGUUUUUCUCCUCUGGCAAAAGUUCCAAACCAAAGAGAUUGAGAGCUACCAAAUUAUGAGACAGUAAUGAAUCUGGUAGCAGGUGUAACAAAAAGAAACCAAAACAAAGCAGCCAGUUCACUGCACUGCUGUGUGCUUACAUGCUACCACCAAAUGUAUGCUGUAUGCAAGGAAUUUUUCUGUUUUAAAAAUAAAUUUGAAACAAUGCACUCUGUAUUGACCUGACAAAGUAAAAAUUCUGUGAAUAUGAGUAAUGCCAAGUUACAUCAGAAAAUAUUAACCCUUUAAAGGACAACAGUAACUGCAUGUCCCAACCUGCUUUAUCAAUCGAUGUAUCUGCAUGUUGUACUUACGUGUUUUGUAUUUUCAGUGUGAACCAAGAUUAUGUCCUUAGUGUUUGUAUGGGGUAAUGGUGAAGUGUUGUUUUUCCUUUGCAGUACAGACUCGGUUUUAAACGUUUAGAUAAGCUUUGGCUUCGAAGAGUUAAUGGUGGGGCAAAGGCCAGAAAAUAAUAGUUGUGGGCAUUAAUAACAUAUUUUAAAAAUAUGUAAGCAGUACAACUUCUCAGUACCUAAAAAUGUGACAGUGAAAGGGUUGUUCGGAAAUAACUGCAAGACAUGUUUCAAAUUACAGGGUAACUUCAUAGAGUGUUCUGUAAUACUUCAGCAUAUUCAAAAGAAACGUGUCAAAUUUAUAAAUAAAAAAUAAUUUCAUUACUGCAUUACCUAGCGUAUGUGUAUACACGAUCUAGUCAAAAAAUUCUGCAGUUACAUUCAUAAUAUCUCCAAGUAUGGUGAUAUAGCGCUUAUGUAUCUACUGAACAAAUGUAAUGUAAAUGUACAAAUGAAUGCUUACAUAAAACCCACCCAUGUAUCACUACCAUAAUAUAUAAGGUACAAAAUAUAAAAAAGGAGAAAAACCAACAGAUCAUAUUAAAGAUUUUUUUAAAUAACCUUUAUGAUAAAAUAAACUGUAACAUGUGAAAUGUAUUUAUGUUCAGAUUAAUGUUAUCAACAGGCCUACCUUACAUCAUGUAAAUAAAUUGAUGUUUCCUGAACAGGAAACUUCAAUAGCAGUA